AUCACAUUUCUGGUCUCCAAUUUAAAAGUAGUUAAUGUGUUUCUUAUCUCCUGUUGUCAGGUUUCUGGAGGGUCUCUUGCGUCAGGCCAGCAGUGCUCUCAUAGUCCACUGUCCUACCACACAGUGUUUUGUAAACCAGAAUACUGAGAAUGAGCAGAGCUUUCAUGCUGAGGAAUACGCUGACAUCUGUGGUUUGCGAUCAUUGGCUGAACUGAUUGGCCCUUAUGGACUGAAGUUUUUAAAUGAGAACCUCAUGUGGCACAUCAUAUCCCAAGUUGGAGAACUGAAGAAACUUGUAAGUGACAACAUGGAUGUCCUGGUGCAAAUGAGAGCUAACUUUGAGAAUCCUGAAGCAAUGAGUGACCUUCAAAAGAAACUAACAGGUGCAAUUACAGUUCAUACACUUUCAAGCUUCAUUACUCAAGCUUAAA